AUGAUAUUUCCAACGCGGAACUUUUUAAGGUUAUGUAGAAACCAAAGUGUAAUAAAAACUCGUAUAAAUCAUAGUAAUCUAAGAACGAAUACUACGGAAAUUGAAGCGAAAGAUGAAAACGCAACGACAAAUACAAAUUUUAAAAAACUUCUACUUUCGUAUAAAGACAAAAUUGAGUUUAGUUCCUAUUUGGAACACGAAAAAUUAGAAUUAGGUUAUUAUAAAUAUUACGUGAAAUCAAUAAAAACAGCUGCGCAAAUAGAAGCAAAAAAAUUUAGAGAAAAAUCUUUACCGCCAUUGCCUGUCUCAUUAAAAUAUUAUAUAAAUGAAAAUAAAUUAUUAAAUGAAGAAGAGGAGAUUGAAGUUACCGAACAAAAUACAACAUUCCAACUACCUUUUGCAAGCAAAACCAAUGUUAGUGUAUAUGUAACAGAUAAAAACAUUAAGAAAAUAAGUAGUCAUUCUAAUGACAUGUCAACAACAGAAUUUGACCAUUCUAAUUUAAACAAAUGGAUGACAAAUUAUGAACAUUUUGACGAUAGCCAGUUGUCACCUCUAGAAGAACUAGAAGAUGAAGAAACAAUAAAACAAGAAUGGUGUAAGAAUUAUGGGACUCCAGACCCUAUGGAAGGCAUUAGUCGAGUACCAUGUGGAGGGUGUGGAGCACUACUCCACUGCAGUGACCCCGCUAUACCUGGAUAUCUGCCAAGUGAAAUAUUUAAGGGUCGCAAUGAAGAAGAAUUAAGAAAUAUAGAAUGUCAACGAUGUCACUUUUUAAAGGAGUAUAAUAUUGCAUUAGAUAUCACUGUACAACCAGAAGAAUAUGAAAAACUUCUACAAAAUAUAAGGCAUGUGAAGUCCUUAGUACUACUGAUGGUGGACCUACUAGACUUCCCGUGUUCCAUAUGGCCUGGUAUUGUUGACAUCAUUGGCACAGACAGACCUCUCGUAAUUGUAGGAAACAAGGUUGAUUUGUUACCAGGCGAUAGUAUUGGCUACAUCGAGCGUGUUAAGAACUCUUUUCUGAUGGAAAUAAACAAAACAACACUAAGCAAAGCUAAUGUAAAACAUGUUGCUCUUAUUUCUGCAAAGACAGGCUAUGGAGUUGAAGAGUUAAUAUCAGCUAUGUUCAAAAUCUGGCUAUAUAAGGGAGAUGUGUUCCUUGUAGGCUGUACAAAUGUUGGCAAGAGCUCAUUAUUCAAUAUUCUAUUACAAUCUGAUUACUGCAAAGUGCAUGCAGUAGACAUAGUUAAAAGGGCAACAGUUAGCAGGUGGCCUGGAACAACACUAAAUUUAUUGAAGUUCCCCAUCAAUAGACCUUCAGGAUGGAAAAUACAUCAGAGGCAGCAGCGACUCAAAUCACAAGCUCACCUUUUGAAACUUGAAAAUGAAAUCAGAAAAGGACAAGUGAAAGGAAAAAUAUUCAGUGAAGCACCAUCAUUAAUAGGGCACAUCGGAAGAACCUUUUCAAAACCAGUGAGUGAUGAAACAGAUGAAUUGAAGCAACCCAUUACAGUUAUGGAUGAGAAACACGGGCUAUUCGCUAACAGUAAAUGGUUCUAUGACACUCCAGGUGUAAUACAUCCAGAUCAAGUAUUAUCUCUACUCAGUACGGAAGAGCUGCUACUGACCAUACCAAAAAGCGUGAUAAGACCACAAACUUACUACUUGCACAAAGGGUUUACUUUCUUUAUAGGUGGUUUAGCACGAGUUGAUUUCGUUGAUUCUACAGAACCAUGUAGAUUUACCAUAUUUUGUUCAGAACACCUACCAAUUACUGUUGUAAAGACUGAAGAUGCUGAUGAAAUAUACAAUAAGUUUCUAGGCACAGAACUAUUUGCAGUACCCAUGAGUGGUGCAGGAAGACUGACCAGUUGGCCUGGGUUGAAAAGAACAGAAAAUGUUAUGGAAUUUACAGGGCAAGGACCGAAAAUUUGCUGCGGAGAUAUAGUUUUGUCGUCAAUAGGCUGGGUAUCGGUAACUGCUAAGAAUGGAACUUUCUGUCAAGUGGCUGCAUGGACGCCUGAGGGCAGAGGUAUUCACAAGCGUGUACCCUCAGUGUUACCAUAUUCAAUCAACUUGAAAGGUAGUUGCAAUUGUAACACAAUGUCCAGAUCAAGUAAAAUACUGUCCCUGUGCCUGGAGCCCAACGGGCAGCAUAAUCAAGAAACGGAUGAAUCCACUUUUAUACCAAAACCUACUCAAAAAAAUAAUUUAGAAGCAAUAUAUGACAGCUUAAAUAAACAAAAUUAUUAUUUAAACGACACUUCCGAAAAUAUUUCUAAUUUGCCGGUAGAAUAUAAUAAUGAAAACUUAGACCUUAUGCAAGAUUACACUGGGGGUGAAGAAACAGAUGAUUCUGUUAAAGAUCCCAAUUACUACACUGCUCGUAAAAAGAGUAAGAAAAAUAACGUCGUUCUGCAUCGCCGAUCAUCAUCAUCAUCAAGUUCUUCAUCGUCCAGCUCAAGUUCAUCUUCGUCCAGUUCCAAUUCAUCCUCAUCCAGCUCGCUAUCUUUGUUAUCUAGUGUAAGGCCAAGUGAAGACAUUCGCGAAGACCGCCAAACAACUUCACAAGAAUCUAAUUUAGACAGAACUAACCCCCAAGGACAAAAUGAGGUGACAGAAGAAAUUGUGCCCACUUCACGUAAGAAACGGCGUGCUGAAGGGCAAUGGAAGCAAAAUGUGACUAAAUUUCUGCGAAACUCAGGAUUGCCUUAUAAAACAAAAUCUGGGCGAAUUGUUCCUAAAAAAGUUAUUAAAGAAGGUUGUGGCGAACGUUGUAGACUGAAAUGCAGUUCUUUUCUCACUGAAGAAAUAAGGCUCCAAUUGUUUGAUUCUUACUGGGCUUUGCAAGAUUUAGAGAAAUAG